GGCGCCCCGUCAGUCCUGUUUCCUUCCCCCACCUCCGGCCACCGGAAGUGCCGAACUGGGGCCCCAAAGUGGGAGAGUCCCCGGCUCUUUGACAUGUGCCUCCUCGUCUCCGCAGUCCCCGGACAGAGCAGGUGGACGCAGGGAGAGUGGUACAAAUUUCGCGUAGGUGGAGCUGAGGUGGGCCUUGAAGAGGAACGGACCGGAAGUCGUGGUUGUCAUAGUUACCGAGGGGCCCGGCCUCUUCCCGGUUCUGUCCUCCCUACACUCCCACAAUGUUUUUAGGAGGCUAGGAAAACAGGACGAGGAAGUGCUGACGCACUGAGUCCUCACAAACCCAAGCAGAGGCUCUAACGAUUGUGUUGGUCAGUUGAUUUGGGAGAGGACCAGACCGGAAAUGGUAGUUUCCAUGGUAACCCGUGAGCUGGUUGCCUGGGAGAUGACCCCUUUUAGGUCUCUUUGAAUCCCUACUGUAGCGUCACUUGUAAGGCAGAUCUCAGAGAUCCUGGACUGUCUUCUGCCAUGAUUCCCGGGAAAUACCGCCCUGUUUCUGGCCGGGCUGCGAACAACGUGAACUGUGGGCUUCAUCUGGUUAUUCAAACAUCAUCACUUCCUGAAAAAAACAGAGUUGAAUUCAGGCUAAAUAGAGAAACACCACCAUUCCCUGGUCGACUCUUACAACAUGACCUUGAAAGAAACUACUCAAGUAGGCAAGGUAUUGUCAGUGAAUGGAAGAGUAAUAAAGCAUCUUGCUUCUCAUCCACUCCAAACGUGACAGAACUGUGUGGGCCGGAAAUGAAAACUACCAUGAGCUCCUUGUCAGCAUUUGGAGAUUCUUCCAUUCAGACAUCUUCAAAGUCCAGAAUCCGGCAGGGCUGUCGUAGUGCCGGCCCAAGUGUAUCUGGUGAUCACAUUAAUUUGGCGAGCUCAUCAAUGCCAUCAUUUCCUAUUCUCCAGCGUUCUUCUGAAGAGAAAAUUCUGUACUCAGACAGGUUGACUCUACAAAGGCAAAAGCUGACUGUAUGUCCGAUCAUCGAUGGGGAAGAACACCUUCGUUUGUUGAACUUUCAACACAAUUUUAUAACUCGGAUCCAAAAUAUUUCUAAUCUACAGAGGCUAAUAUUCUUGGAUUUAUAUGAUAACCAGAUUGAAGAAAUUAGUGGGCUUUCUACUUUGAGAUCCCUCCGUGUCCUUCUGUUGGGGAAAAACAGAAUCAAGAAAAUCUCAAAUCUGGAGAAUCUAAAAAGCUUAGAUGUCUUGGACCUUCAUGGAAAUCAGAUUACCAAGAUUGAAAAUGUCAAUCAUUUGUGUGAUUUGAGAGUUUUAAAUCUUGCCAGGAACCUUUUAAGUCACAUUGAUAACCUAAAUGGGCUGGAUUCCCUGACUGAACUUAAUCUGCGACACAAUCAAAUCACUGUUGUGAGAGAUGUGGAUAAUUUGCCCUGCCUCCAACGUCUGUUUCUCAGCUUCAACAAUAUAUCUACUUUCGAGAGUGUUUGCUGCCUUGCCGACUCUCCCUCUCUCUCAGACGUCACUUUUGAUGGCAAUCCAAUAGCUCAAGAGUCAUGGUACAAACACACUAUCCUUCAGAAUAUGAUGCAGCUGCGCCAACUAGAUAUGAAGAGAAUCACAGAGAAGAAAAGGUUAACAAUUAACAACGUAGCUCGAAAGUGGGACUUGCAACAACACCGAGUAACCAAUAUCACUACAAAUCAAAAUAGAAAAGAGUUUGACUCUCCUCAGGACCCCUGUCAGAUGGAUGGAAGCACCAUCUCUGCAUUUCCAGAGGAAACAGGGUCUCUGGACUCAGGACUCGCCAGUGUGACAGACACACACCUUGUUGAAGUGGAUGGGGACACACUUGCCCUGUAUGGCUCAGGAGCCCUGGAAUCUUUAGAUCGGAAUUGGAGUGUUCAAACAGCAGGAAUGGUGACAACCGUGUCCUUCGCUUUCAUAGAAUUUGAUGAAAUCGUCCAAGUGCUUCCCAAAUUGAAGAUUAAGUUUCCUAAUUCUCUGCACCUUAAAUUCAAGGAAACAAAUCUUGUAAUGCUGCAGCAAUUUAAUGCACUGGCACAACUCCGUCGCAUUGACCAGUUGACAAUCGAUCCUCAAGGAAAUCCAGUUGUCAAUUUUACACUCUGGAAAUACUAUGUACUGUUUAGGCUGAGCCAUUUUAGUAUGCAGAAAAUAAAUGGGACAGAGGUAACACAGAAUGAUAUGGUAAUGGCUGAAAGACUCUUUGGAAUCCUAGCACAUGUAGCAUCUUCUGAGUUACCCCAGUACCGUCUGAUUUCAAUUCUAGGUGAUGCCAGGAAGAAGCAAUUCCAGUAUCUGCUAGACACCAAAGCGAAGAAACCUGGUGUUGUCAAUGAAGAAAAUGAUAGCAAAAGGCUUGCAGGAGAAAACACAAAUCAUGCUACACUAAAUUAUACCACAAGAGACUUUUAUAAUGAAAAGCUAGAGGAAAUAAAGGAAAAAAAGAGAUUCUGCAAGAUGUUUAUUGAAGACCUUGUGAAGGAAGCCACAGAAAUCAACAGGAAGAACGAGGCUUUACAGAAGCUUUGGCCGCAGAUGUUCAUUGAGCUUGUUAGGGACGCCGUCAUGGAAAUCCGCAAUAAAGAUUCCUAUAUGAAGCUUUGCCUACAGCAGAUAACUGACCAAAAAUAGGACUGAGUUUUAGUUUCAGUUGAUUAUAGUGGUUUUGUGUUUUUAAAGGUUGGAAAUACGUAGGUUAAGCAUGUUAAAACAGCACUGUCCUACAAACUAGAAAGACUAGAAUCAGAGCAUCAUUGCCUACAGUUCUUGUAGUCCAAGGUAGGGGAACAAGGAGAGAAGUGGGAGGAAGGGGGCCCUCAUUUCCUGCAGACGCUGCCCAGCCGGCCUUUGGGAGCUGAGCGGUGUUGAGAGAAAGCUCAGACCUGGCGCCGGCGCUGCAGCCUCGCGCGGGCUUUGCUGGGAGCCUCUGCUACAGCCCAAAGCCCGCGCUGUUUGCUCCUGGUUCCGCAGGAGCUGCUUCUACCGACUUGCAGCUGAUAAUAUCCAGUUAUUUGCCUUUUUACUUUAUGCCAUGAUUGCAAAGCCAAAAAUAUGUCCUUUUUAUGAGUGAAGACUAAACUUACUAAUAAAUUAGUAAAAAAAAAGCAUA